ACACAAAACACACAUACAGAGCCAGCCGAACAUGGCCGAGAGCAAGCUUCUUCUUCUUCUUCUUCUCUCCAUUCUCUCUCUCUUUCUCUCUCUACAUUUCUCUCUCUCUCUCUACAGCGAUUAAAGAAGGGGGAGGGAAUUUUGUAAUGCUUGACCCUAAACCCUAGAGCAACUUCUUCCCUUUCCCCCCUUUUUCCUCCUCCCUCUGGUAUUCCGUAUUGUUGAAGCAAUCCCGCGAAUCAAUUCCCUCCGCCGGCAGCAGAGUUUGAAUGUGUUUUUUUAUGGUUUUUCUGAGGAAUCUUGGGUCGGGAUCGGUUUUCCCAGUGUAGGAAAGGGCGUUGAUGAAGCUUCUUCGUCGAUGCCAGAGGAUUCUGAUCCUCUCUCUGCUCUCUCUCUCUGUUCUUGCUCCUUUGGUUCUCGUUUCUCAACGCCUCAAGACGAUCACUUCUUUUGGGCGCCGGGAUUUCAUCGAGGAUAUAUCAAGCAAGAAGCGGAUUGAUGUUGAAGCACUUCAUUCAAUCAGACAGGAAGCGGGUGAAGGCUUGAAAGAGCCUAAACCUGUUGUUUUCGAAGAUAUAGAUUUCCAUUCUAGAGAAGGAAUUAACUCCCUUAAUUUCAGAAGUGAACCCAGUAAGGGAAAUGAGGAUAAACGGUUCGAGGGUGGGGAAAAGAAACAGUCUUCUAAGGCAACAGAACGACAUGAUAAUUCUGUGCAUUCUCAGUCAAGGGGAGUGAGAGAUGUGGAGAUAGAGAAAAAACAUCAGCAAUUGAAUCGGAGUGCUGUGAAGCGUGAUAAGAAUGUACCUAAGUCUAGAACUAUAGAUUCUAAGGUAAAGGAGAUCAAAGAUCAACUAAUAAGAGCCAAAGCCUACCUAAGUUUUGCCCCACCCAGUAGUAAUUCUCACCUGAUGAAAGAGUUAAGGCAACGAAUCAAAGAGUUAGAACAUGCAGUUGAUGAAGCUACUAUGGAUUCAGCUCUGACAAAGAGUGCUCUGCAGAAAAUGAAAAAUAUGGAGUCUUCAUUAGUAAAAGCGGGCCAUGCUUUCCCAGACUGCUCAGCUAUGGCUUCAAAGCUUCGAGCUAUGACUGAAAAUGCUGAAGAGCAAGUUCGUACGCAAAAGAAACAAGCUGCUUACCUUCUUAAUCUUGCCGCAAGAACCACCCCUAAAGGCUUUCAUUGUCUGUCAAUGCGAUUGACUUCUGAAUAUUUUGCUUUGCAACCUUCAGAGAGGCAGCUGCUUGAACAGCAGAAGUUGCAUGAUUCUAAGUUGCAUCAUUAUGCUGUCUUCUCUGACAAUGUUUUGGCUUGUGCAGUUGUUGUAAACUCCACUAUUUCAAGUGCUAAGGAACCCGAGAAAAUUGUCUUCCAUUUGGUGACCAAUUCAUUGAACUUACCAGCAAUGUCCAUGUGGUUCUUACUAAAUCCUCCCGGAAAAGCCACAAUCGAGGUCCUGAGCAUGGAAGAUUUUAAAUGGCUAUCCACGGAGUAUCGUUUAGGAUGGAAGACGGAAAAUUCUAGUGACCCAAGGUUUAAUUCUGAACUCAACUAUCUUCGGUUCUAUCUGCCGAAUAUCUUCCCUUCAUUGGGUAAGGUUGUGCUUCUUGAUCAUGAUGUGGUGGUGCAAAAAGAUCUAUCUGGUUUGUGGGAUGUUGAUAUGAAGGGGAAGGUAAAUGUUGCUGUUGAAACUUGUCAAGAAAGUGAAGUUUCUUUUCUUCGGAUGGAUAUGUUUGUCAACUUCUCAGAUCCACUGAUUGCUAAUAAAUUCAACAAAAAUGCAUGCACAUGGGCAUUUGGAAUGAACCUCUUCAAUCUCGGAAGGUGGAGGAAAGAAAGUGUAACUGCACUCUACCAUGAAUAUCUACGAUUGAAUAAUGAACGGCCGAUCUUGAAGGGUGGAAGCUUGCCUUUGGGGUGGAUCACAUUUUAUAACCAGACCACGGCCUUGGAGCAGCGGUGGCAUCUGCUUGGACUCGGCCACGACUCUACAGUGCCACCAGACACUAUCGAGAAGGCAGCCGUUAUACACUACGACGGUGUUCGGAAGCCAUGGUUAGACAUUGGAUUCGGAGAGUACAAAUAUUUUUGGAGCAGACACAUGGACUUCAACAACCCAUAUUUGCAACAGUGCAACAUCCACGGGUAAUUAAUAACCAUGAAACAGAGGUUAGAGGUUCGAUUAGAUGUGAGAUUUAGUUACUUUUUUUUCUUAGGAGGCUGCAAAAAUUCUCUCCAUUCUUUCUACUUCUACGAUUCUUCAUGUAAAUUGCAACUGAUUCUUUCCCCCAAAUAUGUAUUUUCUUUCACCAUUACCUUGUAGGGAGCUGAAUUAUAGUAAUGAUUGAAAAAUAAGAAAUUCCACCUUUGAUUGGUUAGCUUUUUGUACAUAAAAGGAAUUGGGAGACACUUUUCAUA